CCAAUGCUCAAGUCAGUGUAUGUACAAGAGGCGGCUAUUAGGGUUAGAUCACUCUACUUUUAUACUUUGUACUUGGGGUAGGCCCUUGAUGGCAGACUCGCCUCUCUGGAAGCUUCUGCCAGCUGUCCAAGUUCAUGCAAAAGGGGAGGUGACGCUCGGAUCACCUCUUGACUCGGAUUCGGUAGGCCGUCGGGUCGGUCGAACAUACGAACCCGGGUCUCUGGCCUGUUGGACUGGGCCGGAACAUGAUUCAUACACAUUACAGGAAAAAUGUUACUUAUGGCAUCAGUUCCAAAGGUGUCGUGUGUCAAUGCCGUUGACAAAGUAUUAUUGGAUGCUCCCUGCAGUGGAACUGGGUUAUAUCCAAGGAUGAAUCAGUUAAAACCUCCAAAAGCUUGGAAGACAUACAGAAAUGUGCGCAUCUGCAGAAGGUAAAUUUUCUUCUCUACCCCUUUCCCCUUAUUUGUCUUCCUCUUUUUCAGAGGGAAAGGGAUGGAAAGAAGGUUUUGAUGAAUAAAAUGGAGGUUUAACUACUCUGUUCCUUGUAGUUUCACCAAAUUUUCAAUUAGAUCCCUAUAAUUUUUUUCUUUUCAAUUGAAUC